UUUAGAUAGUUAAGAAACAAAAGCAAUCUGAAAAACAAUUUUGAGCGGACAAGGUUUUCCGAAUAUGGAUAACCUUAUUGAGCUACCAGAUCAAUCCGAAGCUGGAAUAGCUCAAAAUCUUCACGAACGGUUCAAGAAAGGAGUAACUUAUACAAAAGCAAGCAAUGUACUGGUAUUUGUUAACGACUUCAAUGAUAAAGAUUCCGAGGAUCAGUUAUCAUGGGAAACUUCAUCUACAAGUGGUGUCAACGCAGUUGCAAAAAAUGCGUUGAACAAAAUAUUUAAUAUGAGUUCUAAUGCAGAAUCUAUAGUUUUUGGAGGAGAAUCUGGAUCUGGAAAAUCAUACAACGUUUUCAAAGCAUUCAAAUAUCUCACAUCACAACCAAAAUCAAAGGUUUCAACUAAACAUUCCUCAUCUAUUGAGUUUGUUUUCAAAAGUUUCGGGUGUGCGAAAACUUUGAAAAAUGAUGAAGCAACACGAUUCGGAUGUUCGAUUGAUCUUUUAUACAAAAGAAACGUACUGACGGGGCUAAAUCUGAAAUACACAGUACCAUUAGAAGUGCCUCGUGUCAUCUCACAAAAACCAGGAGAAAGGAACUUUAACAUUUUCUAUGAGGUGUAUCAUGGAUUGAGUGAUGAAAUGAAAGCAAAGUUCGGAAUUAAAGGGCUUCAGAAAUUCUUCUACAUAAAUCAGGGAAACUCAUCGGAAAACAUUCAGCACGACGUGAAUCGCUUCAAACAUUUAGAGUCUGCUUUGCAUGUUCUUGGAUUUUCUGAUGAUCAUUGCAUGAGCAUCUACAAAAUUAUUUCUACUAUUUUGCACAUUGGAAAUAUAUAUUUCCGAACCAAACGCAAUCCCAAUGUUGAACAAGAUGUAGUAGAAAUUGGAAAUUUGGCAGAAUUGAAAUGGAUCGCUUUUCUAUUAGAGGUAGACUUUGAUCAACUAGUCAAGUUUCUACUUCCAACAUCUGAAGAUGGGAGCACUAUCGAAUUGAACGCUGCUCUUGACAACAGAGAUUCUUUUGCGAUGAUGAUCUAUGAAGAAUUAUUCAAAUGGGUUCUAAAUCGUAUUGGACUCCAAUUGAAAUGUUCAUUGCACACUGGAGUCAUUUCUAUUCUUGACCACUAUGGGUUUGAAAAGUACAACAACAAUGGAGUUGAAGAAUUUUUGAUCAACAGUGUGAAUGAAAGAAUUGAAAAUCUUUUUGUCAAGCAUUGCUUCCACGAUCAACUAAUCGACUAUGCAAAGGAUGGAAUCAGCGUAGAUUACAAGGUGCCCAAUAGUAUUGAAAACGGAAAAACUGUCGAAUUGCUUUUCAAAAAACCAUAUGGGCUUCUUUCAUUGCUCACUGACGAAUGCAAAUUUCCAAAGGGGACUCAUGAGACUUAUCUGGAACAUUGUAAUCUCAAUCACACAGAUCGCAGUGCAUAUGGAAAAGCAAGAAAUAAGGAACGUUUGGAAUUUGGAGUUCGACAUUGUAUUGGUACCACUUGGUAUAAUGUUACCGAUUUCUUUGCAAGAAACAAGCGAAUAAUCUCAUUGUCUGCAGUGCAGCUGAUGCGCAACAGCAAGAAUCCAAUUAUUGGACUACUUUUCGAAAGCUAUGGUGGCAAUACAAGUGAUAUAAUUGUUUCCCAAGCUCAGUUUGUUUUGCGUGGUGCUCAAGAUAUCGCUGAUAAAAUUAAUGUUUCACAUGUUCAUUUCGUUCGUUGCAUCAAAAGCAAUAAUGAACGUCAAUCAACGAAAUUUGACAUCCCAUUAGUGAAUCGACAAAUCAAAAACCUUCUUCUUGCUGAACUACUCAGCUUCAGAGUUAAAGGAUAUCCCGUUAAGAUAUCGAAAACAACAUUUGCAAGACAGUAUCGUUGUCUUCUACCUGGUGAUAUUGCUCAAUGCCAAAAUGAGAAGGAAAUUAUUCAAGAUAUUCUUCAAGGCCAGGGAGUUAAGUAUGAAGAUGAUUUCAAAAUUGGAACAGAAUACGUUUUCUUGCGAGAACGUCUAGCCGAACGAUAUGAUGGGCUACAGAACAAAAUAUGUGGAGAUGCUGCUAUUAUUAUUCAAAAAAAUAUGAAAUCGUUCGUUGCUCAAAAAGUGUACAAACGCAUGAGAGCAGCAAUUAUAAAAUUGCAAUCGGGACUGAGAGGAUGGAAGGCAAGAAGAGAUUACAUCAUAAAACGUGAAGAAAUGUUCAAAGCAAUUGGGCGGACUAUGAAAAGAAACAAGAGACUGGAUGCAUAUCAUCAGGCACUUGGAACUGAAAACUCUGGGCAGCUACAACAAACUCUUGUGGGAUACAUUGAUAUUAAUGAAGAUGCAAAAAAAUUUUUGGAAAGACCAACAUCAGACUCUGAUGCAACUGAAACUCUUACUCAUUACUUAACAGUUCCAAUGAAAAACUUUCUCUCGAACAUGAAUAGCAUCACCCUGGAACAGUUUGCCGAAGAAAACUUCAAGGGGCACCUUCUAGAACCUCGCCGCGAACCAAUCAUGACACCUUUCUUGCAUAAGGAAAGCGAUUAUGAUUUCCGACUGUCUGUUGAAAUAUUCAAGUUAAUUCUGAAGUACAUGAAUGAUAUAAAACUGACCAAAAAGCAGAGAGAAGAUCUUGGACGAUACAUUGUACAACAGGGCAUAUCAAACCCUUGUCAACGUGACGAGAUUCUGGUUCAAACAAUAAAUCAGAUCAACAAAAACCAAGACAAAACUGCAAGUGACAACGGAUGGAAGCUUGUUCACAUGGCGAUUUCCGUAUUUCCUCCAACGGAAAACAUCAUUCCUAUGCUGAUAGGGUUCUUUAAUAAGGAGUCUGUACCAAUGAAGGAACAAUUGUUCGCGACUCUCCAACGACGUCUAAAGAUUUACGAUAGUGAGAUUGCAAGAGAACUACCUCCAUCAAACCUUGAGCUGAUCGCAACUCCCAAUAUUCCAAACACUGUCGCUGAAAUCAACUGCUAUGAUGGAUUGUGCUGUGAUGUUCACUUGAGCCCCUGGAGUACCACAAGCGAAAUUGCUGAACGGAUUUUGAAGCAAAGAGGAGUUGGCAUUGCACUUGGCUGGACUGUAGAAGUAGAAACACCAAAUCGAGUGUUUGCCCCAACCGGAAACCAUUUUAUUCAUGAUGUUUUCUCGCAAAUCGAAGGGGCUAAUAUGGAUUCUGAAAACCAACAAAAUAUAUUUUUCAACUUUCCACCUGAGAAACUCGUGAAAAAGCCGCCAGUUGUGCCAAAGGAAGUAGUACAAGAACAAGAAAUUGUAUCACAAAAUACUAAUGGAACAAUUCCCAAAGCUGCUAGAACCUAUCCAACUCCUGAGGAAUGGAUCAACCAGCCUCCACAACGUACAGAAAGCAGAAAUACACCAAGAGAUCAUCAGAAACCAGAUGAAGAAUCUGAUGAGUCGUUAGUUAGAGAGUACAAUGAAGAAGCUGGAUACGCGUAUACGCUGCCAAGAAAAAAUAAACCUGCACCGCAAGCUGUUGAAGAUAACGAAACGUCAGAGAGCGAAGAAGAUGACGAGGACGCCGCUAAUCGUGUUGGAUAUGAGACAGUUCGACCUGAAGAGAACAUGAAAAUGAUGGAGACCAUACAAGAUCAUUCUCAUAUUUUAAAAUCGCCAGUUCUCCCAAGAAAAACUUAUUCAAGAAAUGAACAACACGAGGAAUACACUCCAAUGAACUUUGCGCCGCCUCCAACAUUCACAUAUCCGCAGCAAAUGCCAAUGAUGCAGUAUGUACCUGUAAUGAUGACUUCAUCUAUGAUGACGCCUUCCAUGAUGACUCCAUCAAUGAUGCCAGGGCAACAAAUUGCAAUGGUACCACAACAAAUGAUGAUGCAGCCACAUUUUUCUUACGUGCCUCAGUAUCCGCAAAUUCCUCAAUAUUGCCCUCCUGAGCCAAUUCUCUCUCCGCAAAGUGUUCGAUCGGAAGUCCCACCAAUGAUGGCACCUGUUAUGCAUGACGGUCAUGGAUCCACUAGAUCUCGUGACUAUCGAAUCAUGAAACGUGGAGAAGUACCUAGCCAAUAUUCAACCAUCCGGAACAUGCCAGUUCCUGAACAUGGAAAGGAUGUCGAUCAAUUUCUCGAUGCCGUUUUUGACCAAGUCCUUUCAAAAGAUGAACAAAGAGCAGCCCAUUUCAACUCAAACCAAUUAGCAAACACAAUAAAAGGAGGAAAACUCAGACCAGAAGGAUAUUAUGAACCGCCUGUACAAACUUAUUCUCCAGUUCCACCUCGUUACCCUACUCUCCGCAGAGUUGACGACUCUCCUUUGAGAAGUCGUGCUAAAAGUCUUCCACGUAUCAUUUCUCCAAGACACGAGCAUUUUGUCAGACGCCCGCAUUCAAGGAAUUCGUACAGCAAUGAAUCAACUUCGUCUGAUGAUCAAAUGAACUAUCGAACCAGGAGCCGGGAACGUUCACUUCCUCGAUUUCAUUCAAAUAAUGGGUACAACUAUGAUCCAUCACAACCCGUAUAUAUGAUGCCAGUACAAAUGAAUGGGCAUGGAGAAAUGAUUUUAUUGUCCCCAGUGGCAUCUGAGCAUAAAGCUCAAUCCAGACAUCGAACUCAUGAUAGAUCGCAUCGUCAUCAUGUGCCCAGCGGUGUGGAACGGUAUAUGGCAAAACGGUCACCAUCCGUUGAUAUUCUGAAGCCACCUAUGUCAAGAAGAACACCCGAUGCAAUGGUGGAACAAACAUACGUCAGACCUCAUUUGGCGCAAUCACCGGUUGGUCGGCAAACGAGCCGUUUUGAGGAAUUUUCAGCACUGCCAAGAGGCGACUCGCGUGCACGUGAAAGAAUGGAAAACCCAUUGUUAGCUCGUCAGAUUCCAAGGGCUUAUCCAUAUCAAAAUGGAAACGUUGUUCCACCACCACCAUCAAGUUAUCGUGCUCCAUCUCCAGCUCCAACAUCCGGUGACAGGAGGGGGUUAAAUCGUUUGCCUCAAGAGAGUUAUACUGAGCCAGCAGUGAAAAAUACAAAAAACAAUUCGGAAUAUUUGAGCCCACAUAGAUUCAAUUUGGAUGAGCAGAAGGCCGUGAUUCGUCACGAAAAAGAAACUGCAAAAAAUGCUAUCAACAUGCUGAGCGAUCGACUGAGGAAACUACCACCACCAGUAGACAAUGUGAGACUUAUUCGGCCAAUAACACCAGCACAGCCUCCAAUAACACAGUCACCUGUUCCAUCCGAACCAGUAGUUGUUCGCACACCAAGCCCUGUACCACAGCCAACUCCACCUCCACCACCACCACCAGUCCGUGAAGAAUGGGUGAUCCGAGACAGUGUUGAGCGAGAUCCGGUGACACAAGGGCGCAUAAGAGGAUCUUUUAGAAAAGAACCACUCGUUCCACAACCUCCAAGACCUCCAGUGGUGGCUGAAAAACCGGCUGUAAAAUUUGUUAAAGCUCCAUGGAAGCUGACAAUUCGCAAGGAAAUGUUUUAUCCUGGAGAAGUUCUCAAUGAUAUUCAAAUCAUUGACCAAGUGUUUGCACAAAUUGUUGAAGACUGCAAAAAAUCGUAUCCGUACAGAAUCCGUGAACAAGACCGCAAGCAAGUCGAAACUGUUCUUCGUCAAUAUGAAAUCCCGCCGUCAGAUCUCAACAAUCAGUCUAAUAUUCACCCAGACGUGAAAGUAGCUGUAAUCGAGCUCGCUAGACUAUGGCCAUUGUAUUUCAAUCAAGUCUAUGAGGUUGUCGAGAAACGCCCUGAUGAGUCAGUCAGCACAAUUUUCGCAAUCUCUGAACACGGAAUCCGUCUCAUCGUUCACACACCUCAUGACUUGGAAAAUCCGCUGAAGAUUCAAGAUUUCUUCCCAUUCGAAACAAUUGCCGAUGUGUCUCUCGAAGCAAACGAUAUCCUCUCGGUUCACGUACGUCACGAGGACGAGGAGAAUGCGUAUUCGGCGGUGCGAAUCAAAACGAAUCAGGCUCCUCAAAUCAAGAAAACGUUGGACAGAUGUCUUUCGGGUGGAGUAGUUCCAAAGCGAAAAUUCGUCCGUGCGCUUGAAGACUAUGUGACCAGCGAGGUCAAUCACUUGUCUUUCAAGCAGGGCGAUGUCAUUGAACUGUUGCAAGAACCGGAAGGAGAAACUCCACCAGUUGGUAAUUGGUUGUACGGAAAAAUUGAGAAUAGAUUCGGAUUUUUGCUUGCUCAAUAUGUAGACUCUACCGACGGAGAUAAUGUUCCACCGAUAAGACAUGAAACUAGUGAAGACAGAGAUGAAAGAGUUCGAUUCUUCGACGAUGAAGUUCCAUUCUCUAGCGAGCGUUAUACUAUGAUUGAUUUUGCAACCAAAUACUUCCGUAAGCCAAAAGACAAGAAAAAGCAAGAAACAUGGGCAUGGGAAGAUAUUUCGCAAAUUGUGAGAUUCAGUGAGAAACCAAUUUCUCAGUCGCUUCUUGCUGACUUGGGAAAUGAAGAGAGCAAGUAUGCAGUGGAAACAUUCCAUGCAAUCAUGAAGUUUAUGGGCGACGAGCCAUUGAAAAAAUCGGAAUCAAUGACAGAUGUUGUGUUCAAGGUUUUACUUAUUUGCCAUCGUCAGCCUACAUUGAGAGAUGAAGUGUAUUGUCAGCUUAUCAAGCAAACAACAUCGAAUAUUUCUCAAAAACCAAAUAGUGCUCUCAGAGCAUGGCGCUUGCUCACAAUCAUCACUGCUUACUUCCCCUCCAGCCUCACCUUGAAACCGUAUGUUCUUCAAUAUUUGGGCGAUAACGCCGACGAAUGGCAGAGACCGUUCCAUGGCACAGCACGAAUUUGCCAAACAAACAUGAUUCAAACGUUCAAGUAUGGAGGUCGCAAGGUCUUGCUGAAUGCUCUAGAAGUUCAACAAAUUACGGAUGGAUGUCAACUGAGACGUCAAGCUUUUUAUAUUUCGAAAGAUCAUAAUGUUAGUCAAACUCUUCGACCAAUAACUGUUGCUGAAGAGAUGAUUCAAGAACUUUGCAAUCUGUUGAAUGUUAGAUCUCUCCAUGAGCAACAAGAGUUCUCUUUGUGCUACACUGUUGGAAAAGAUAAACAUCUCAACUAUUGCAAAAACGACAAUUACUUGAUGGACAUCAUAACUGAAAGCGAACACAAAAAACUUCCGUUCCAAUUCUAUCUUAAGCGAACUGUUUGGGUACACCCAUUGCGAUAUGAUAACGCUGCGUACAUUGACUCGAUGUUUGACCAAGUGAUCGACGAUUAUCUGCGCGGAUCACUCAUUUCGACCAACUCGCUAGGCCAAUUGACAGCUGCCACAACAGAGGAGAUUAUCAAAUUAGCCGCCUACUUGUUCCUUCUUCUCCCCGAUAAUCCAAAGGGACUUAAUGCAAAGACACUGCCACAAAUUGUCCCUAAAAGCGUCAUCGAACCAAAGCAUCGUCACCAGGAAGAGAUGGUGACAAGAAUAAGUCGCCAACUAAAAAUGUUCGGCGGUCGAAUGAGACCGGCAGAGGCCAAGUCUCAUUUCUUAGAAUUGUUGUCAACAUGGCCUACGUUCGGUGUUCUGCACUAUCGACUAAAGUCAGUUGUUGAAAAUGGGCAUCAACUUCCGGAAGUUAUUUUGACAAUUAACAAGUCGGGAAUUCAGUUAUUACAACCAAAAUCAAAAGAAGUGUUCAAAGAGAGAAAUUACGACCAGAUUGUUUCGGUGGAGAGUAUUCGAAAAACAGCGUACAAAAUUGUCCGGCUGGUGAUUAACACCAUGCAGGGUGAAGAAACAUUGGACAUCAAAACAGAUGAGGCCGAUGAGAUUUCUCAUUUAAUUGGUCAAUAUAUGUUUGUAACUGGCGGAGCUGAGGAGCGAGGCUCAACGGAGCUCUAAUUACGUUAAUUAUUUAAUCAAUGAAUUAUUAUUGUUUCUCAAUAAUUCAGAUAUCUUCAAUGUGCAAGUUGAAGCUUUUAACUAUAUUCAUAACUUCAUCUCAAUAUUCUGAUAACCCGACCCCUUUCAUUCUUUUUAACAUCGUCUAUUCUCUCAAUUAUUUUGUUUAUGAAUUCCCAAAUAUCAAUCAUAUUUUCAAAUCACUCGUGAUUUAUAAUGGACACUUCCCAUAUUCUGAUACAAAUAAAGUUCAAUGAAUAAACCGAUAAUAGACACAA